UGCUAAAGGUUAUAAGGCCCACAUUAUACAUUUUGUGUCCAAUUUCCAAAAUGAGUCCUCAUAAGCUGCCAAAUCGUUCCAAAUUCUGCUUGGAUUUCCGUGAACAUUCUUUCUCAAAAGACCAAAAUCAAGGGACACCGACCAUGUGAUCAUUCAGAGUCAUCUCUGAUUGGCCAAUCAAACACAGUCUUGUCUCUGAAAAGCAGAAGACGUCUAGAGAUCCUCUCAAGUGUCCACGGCAAUAUCAACAAGAUGACACCUCCAAUGUUUGCUUUGUAUUUGUCAUGUCUGCUCUUGAGAACAAUGGCUGAUACGACAGCUCCUAAACUAUCAUCACCUUUACGAUUAGUAUCGGUCAGCAUCGGUGAAAACGUGACUUUGGAAUGUUUCUAUGAAGAUACUGUAGCGGUGAUGUUUUACUGGUAUAAACAAGCUUUCGGACAGAAACCGCAGCUGGUGUCUAAAUUCUACAAGCAUGACAAAGAUGCCACUUUGACUGGUGAAUUUAAGAACGAUCGACGCUUUGAAGUGGAAGCCGGCACUGGUAAAAAUCACUUGAAGAUCUUAUAUGUGCAACUUUCAGACUCCGCUAAUUACUACUGCGCAAAUAGUCAUCCAUACAAGUUUGAAUUCAUGGAGGGCUUUUUAGUCAGUGUGCAGGGUUCAGGUCUGAACGUCCCAGCUUUGGUCCAGCAGUCAGCAUCUGAGACCGUCCAGCCAGGAGGCUCUGUGACUCUGAACUGUACAGUACACACUGGGACCUGUGAUGGAGAACACAGUGUUUACUGGUUCAGAAACUCUGAAGAAUCUCAUGCAGGACUCAUUUACACCCAUGGAGGCAGGAAUGAUCAGUGUGAGAAGAAACCCAACACACAAACACACACCUGUGUCUACAACCUGCCAGUGGAUAGCCUGAACCGGUCUCAUGCUGGGACCUACUACUGUGCUGUUGCCUCAUGUGGACACAUACUGUUUGGGGAUGGGACCAAGCUGGACUUUAAAGAUGAGGAAGACUCUCUUGUCUUGGUGUAUUUCUUGAGUGGAGCUUUGGCAUUCACCACCAUCCUGGUUGUUUUCCUGGCUUGCAAAACAUAUACAAUGUACAAGACAAACAGCUGCCAAUGCACAGACUCUCAGGCCAGAUCUCCAGCUGCUUCGGCUCCCAAUGCAGAGGGUUGCCAAGAUGCAGACAGCCUCCAUUAUGCUGCUGUAAGGGUGAACAGGGCCACCAGAUCAACGAGACAGAGAGACGACAACGGGAGUGAAUGUGUGUACUCUGGUAUAAAGCAGUAGAACUGGACAUGUUUCAUUUGUGUUACUAGAAGUGACAAUUUAGUCAGAUUUCACCUCCAUGUACUGAAUGUAAAGAUUUACCUUGCAAAGCACCAAUUAAACACGUUCCCUCAGCUACAGUUAAA